AUGCCUGUUCCUCAAAUUCCAGGCUUUUAUUACGAUGAAGAGAAAAGGAAGUACUUCAAGAUACUAAAUGGGGGCCAUUCUGCCAGUAACCAGGUCAACAAGUACCACAACAAUUCAGUACAGGCUGAAAAGCGAAGGAAAUUAUAUAAGGAUAAUGAAAACACCACCAAAUACAAGGUUUCCCGAUCUACUUCUCAAGCCAUUAGCAUAUCCAAACAAGCAUUCCAGACGCAACUCGAAAGGAAGCAGUUCGAGCCGUCAUACGAGGGUCUUCUACGGCUCAAGACCGGGAACUAUGAUAGGACGUUACCAGUCAAUCGAGAUGAUCUUCUCGAUAUUAUCCCCUCAGGUAUGAGCUCGGGUACACCAACUGCAUGUUCAAGGAUGGGCUUUCAAGAGUACAGCACAAUAAAAAGCACAGAGGACAGCGCAGAGGAGUUGCGCCUGUUGUAUUUCACUCGGGUUCCUAUUGUUCAACGGGUUCCUAAAUCCUUCAACCGGGUCCUAGGUGUUUUUGGAAACCAUGUGGUGAUGAUCCCCCUGUAUGAGCCUCACGGAAAGCUGUUGAUCAGAUUUUGGGACACCAAUGGUACCACUAUUGAUAUGGUCGAACUGACUGUGUGUAGAGGUGGAAUAGUGUCGGUGUUAAAUUUUCAUUGCACCGCCUUCAACCACAAUGCACAGAAGGGCUCAUCCAGAGGAUUAGUGAUGUACUCAUUUAGAGAAAUAUUCAAAGAUAAUGGAGCAAACUUGGUCAAGUUGAAGUACAUUGAUGUGAAUAAUGGUUUGCGAGUCACAGAUUACACUUGCAAAUUGAAGACCUUCUUGGCGGAUUAUGUUCCCAAGCAUUACAGCGGUCUCGAGUGUGAGAUACUGAGAUUAUUUGGAUUUCGAGUCUCUAGUUUUAAGAGAAGAGAGGGCGAUUUAUCUAGAGACAUAGAGGAAAUUAACAGGAAACUUCAGCAGGCGGAGCUCAACAACAAGAACGAAAUAGCAGAGAAGUUUGUACACAGUGUCGAUAAGGACCGGUACGAAGAUAUAACCAUAGAUCCCUCUGAUCGAUGCCAGUCAAGUAUCACUGGGUGUGUUGUGACUGACAACGAAAUCAUCAUGGCAUCCGACAAACUUGAUCUAAUGAGAAUAAAAUAUAAAUGGAACGAGGAGCAGAAGUCGCUAACAUUUCAAUCAUUCGAUUUUGUUUCAUAUUCCAUUGAUUCUGUUAUGAAUUUUGAUUUUAAGGAAAUGUUUCUCGAUAACAACUUUAUUCAUUUGUACUCGAACAAAGGAAUCAUCACACUCAAAAAGAGCUGUUUCGAUUCAAAACAAAUUCGAUCAAAGUUUAUUAAAGUACCACAUUUGAGGAAAGCUUUUCUUAUUCUGUCAUCUAGACUUCUUCUUCUCCAUGACCAAAAAAUCAGCAUUGUUAAUGUAGAGGUCAACAAAGGAAAAAUACGGUACAAAGACAUUGACAAAUCUUUGGGUACAUUCUUCAUGGACAAUAACCCAUUUCAGAGCUUUUAUUUGUACCAGAAUCAUUUGCUAAUUAAUGAAACAGAGACUGAGUUCAAACUUAUCAACUUGAACAGGAGCUUUGAAAGUGAUUACAAUUCAAGAAAAAUUCACUUGGAUCCGCAUCCUACGAUGUGUCCUGCAAGAAGAAAACGAUUAAAGGACAUAGUUUCAUUAGAUGGAAAGUUCCAUCUCAUCUACGAUUUAUGA